AUGUACUUCUGUUACGUAUGUCAACAAUUUCACAAUCAACACGCAUUAGAAGACGUCGCUACAAAUUGUGAGGUCUGCCAGUCGCCCAUCAUUGAAAUUGUGCGGGACCAGCGGCACUACAAUGAACUGCAGGCAAUUGUGGGAGGACAACAAGAGCAACAACAGGAACAUCAGCCAGUGGAUUUUUUGGCGGAGAUACUUCACCCGUUAUGGCCCCGACUCGCUGAGAAUAUCGGUGAGCACAUUGUGAUUCAGUUCACUAUAGACGAGGGGCCAGAGACGAGCCCCCGCCCGUGUGUCUCUGUGGAUGAUUUGAUAGGUUCUUUUGUAACACUUCCCAAUGGAUUGCAGGAGAGUGAUCGUCUUGAAUACCCAGAGGCCUUUGUUAGCUCCUCCUGCACCAUCUGUCUCGACAGUAUUGUUGGGUCCGGUGUCCCGGUAGUGAUUUUGCCGUGUCGGCACUGUUUUCACAAGAACUGCAUUAGGGAGUGGCUACGUGAGCACCCAGAGUGCCCGCUUUGCCGCGCGUUUGUUGUUCCUUCUCAGGAUACAGUAGCAUCCUAG